AUGAAAUUCCCGGAUGUUUCUGCAUAUGACAAUUUGAUUGGUGGAUUUUGUGGCGGAGUAGCAAGUACUUUAGUUUGUCAUCCAUUUGAUCUGCUCAAAAUACGAUUUUCUGGUGAGUUUUGUCCGUUUUUCUCUAAAUUUUAAAGUAUUUUAAUCUUUCAGCAAAUGAAGGAAAUUUGUUGCGACCGCAAUAUACAGGAUAUUUGGAUGCAGUUCGACGAAUAUGCAAAAUUGAAGGAUUUCGAGGAUUAUAUCAAGGACUAACUCCAAGUAUUCUAGGAUCUUCGAUAUCUUGGGGUCUUUAUUUCCAGUGGUAUUAUGUUAUUAAAAACAAACUUGGAAAAACUGGAAGCGAAGAAAUUGAUAAUCUUAUUUGCGGAUUUUUAUCAGGAUCUGCUGUGAUGUGUAUAACAAAUCCAAUAUGGUUAACAAAGACGAGGCUAUGUCUUCAAUAUGAAAAUCAAACAACUAAAAAAUUCGAUGGAAUGAUUGAUUGUAUGAAACAAACUGUGAAAAAUGAAGGUUUUCAAGGAUUAUACAGAGUAAGUUUCAAAUGCAGUUUUUAAAAUUGAAACAUUAUGAAAUGUUUUCAGGGAUUUGUUCCCGGAAUAAUUGGAACAACUCAUGGUUCAAUACAAUUUGCAGCAUAUAAUUGGAUGAAAGAUAAACGUUGUCAAAUGCUCGAAAAACCAAAAGAUUCAUAUUUAGCUCAUAGUGAUUAUUUAGUUUUCUCAGCAGUUUCAAAAAUAGCUGCAACUACUAUGACUUUUCCAUAUCAAGUAUUAAGAACAAGAAUGCAAGAUCAUAAUACAAUAAAUCGUGGAAUAUGGCAAAUAACACGAGAUACUCUAAAAUAUGAAGGUAUUUCGGGGCUUUGGAAAGGUUGUAUUAUUGCAAAUAUUCGACAACUUCCUGCUGCAAUUGUUACUUUUGUUACUUAUGAAAAUGUUAAAAGAUUAUGCAGUUCUACAAAACGAGAUUAG